GACGCUGCCCAGAGCGAUUGCCGAGAAGGCCAACCUCGUCGCCAACUCCCAUGAUGUUGCCACGGCGCGGGGCGCGCUGGACGAAGCUUGGGAAGCUUUCUCGGAUGCGAUGGAGCUCGGACUGGAAAGUUGGCUGGACGCCCCUAUUAAGCGCAAAGGGAGAAAGGGUUUGCCUCUCGUUACCCGCUGGGCGCCGGUGCUCCAGCCUCCCCAGCGCAAGGAGGAGGGCGAGGUGAUGGCCAAGUGGCCCGUGCACCUUGCUGGGCUUGCAGACUGGGUCGGCCAGUUCGCCGAGCUGCUGGCGGAGCGGGGGGGGGACUUUUCGGAGGCGAGGGGGGGGCUGGACGGGAAGGAAAGCAAGGGGUGGGACCAAUGGCAAGCAGAAGCCCUCGCAGGCUCUGCGCGCAAGAUGCAUCGACUGACCCGUCUCAGGAACAAGUGGGAGCCCAACGGCGUUCACGUCCGAUCCGCGUUUGUCACUG